ACUGCUGUGGGCUAUAUAUCGAAUGGCCCUUGGCCUCAGAUCGAGUGCCCAGCCAGUAGGAGUAAAUCCACCCCGAUGGCCCCUGGCCUUACACGGGGAUCACCAGCCAAGGCUCACGCCCUGACUGCCCACAAUAAUAAAAGAGACUACCCAACGGGUACGUUCUAUAGCUACGGGGAUAACCGUUCGACGACCGUUACAGCUCACAUCGAAGGCUACAUGUUCCCACAUGCAUACUUUGAUCAUACCAACAA